GUUUUUUAAAUUUUGCCGGGAACGUUAAUAUUUAAUGCGCAUACUCGUUCUCAGUCGAUUCGAACAUACACGAAUCCUUAGUUAUUCGUAAAAAAUCGGAAAACCCGAAAUCAAAAUCUCCUACAUACACCGGAACUUAUCCGCAUCCGCCAUAUUUGCUUGUAGUAUAUUUUCUUGGCAGGUCCAUUGGAAGUGACAAAAGGUAAUUCUUAGAAACUUCGAAUGGAUCAAUCAAAUAUGACUCUAAUGCAUCCAACUGGCCCCAUCCAACCUCCAACAAAUGCUGCCCACCCUAGAAGGGGCAACCGUGGGAAAAGUCAUGGUAACCUUCAUGGAAAUCUGCAAACUGAAAGGCUGUCAUUGGGUGAAGAGGCCAAAUUGCUAUACUCCCAAGAGAUGGCCUCUAUGCCCUCAAAAACUCCGGUGAGUGUUCUGCAAGAGCUUUUGAGUCGUAGAGGAAUCACUCCUAAGUAUGAACUUGUUCAAAUCGAAGGAGCCAUUCAUGAACCAAUAUUCCGCUACCGUGUGUUUCUCAGUAAUGAACUUGUUGCUACUGGUACUGGAAGGUCUAAAAAAGACGCCAAACAUGCUGCAGCUAAAAACCUCUUGGAUCUAUUGGUUGGAAAAAUUACCAGUGAGCAAGCAAACCAAACUAAUGGAACGCCAGGAGCUGCUGAUAUCACCAACCAGGUAGUGUCUCCAUAUGAUGAUAAAGUUAUGGGUAACCCUAUUGGCUGGCUCCAAGAGAUGUGCAUGUCAAGACGCUGGCCGCCACCAUCUUAUGAAAUGGAGCAUGAAGAGGGUCUACCCCAUGAGAGGCAGUUCACUAUUGCUUGUCAGGUGUUAAAAUUCCGUGAAAUUGGGACUGGCAAAUCCAAGAAGAUAGCCAAAAGAAUGGCUGCUCACAAGAUGUGGCAGGCAUUGCAAGAUCUGCCAUUAGAAGGCAAUAAUCUUCCUACUACUUUUGGGAGUGACGAGGAUUUGGCCAAUAAACUAGGCAACAUUCAGACCCGCUACAAUGGACUGAAAGACACUAAAAUUACGAAACUAGGCAACCAACAGUCACAUAAAGUAUCGCAAUUCCACAAGGCUUUGAAAAAUUCUUCUGGCAAGAAGUUGGCCGAUCUACAGACUGUUGCCAUGAGUGCCAAGGAAUUCAAUUUUGUCCAGUUCCUACAAGACAUAGCAACUGAACAAAAUUUUGAAGUGACAUAUGUUGACAUUGAAGAGAAAUCAUUGAGCGGACGUCACCAGUGUUUGGUGCAACUUUCCACCCUACCUGUAGCUGUCUGCUAUGGAAUUGGCAAGAACCCGAAGGAGGCUAAAUCUUCAGCUGCCCACCACGCAUUGGAAUACCUUAAAAUCAUGACCAAGAAAUGAACACAGAAAGGGAUAAAGUCAGAAAACGCCUCAAACUCAAAUAUCUAAACAAAAUGUGGAUUUAUGAUCCACUUUUUCCUAUGUCUUAAUAAUUCUAUAAUUUUGAGGCAGUUUUUUUCUGUCGUGACAAAAUCUAUGAAUUAGAUUUUAAAGUUCGCGACUGUUGCAUAAGCUUUCUUCUCUUGGUAAAACUCUUUACUUAAAUCGUUUUUAACUAACGAUGUUAGUUUACUUUGUUCUUGGUAUAAUAAUUAAGGCCUUUGCUUUUGGUCACUUUUCAGAUCAAUAAUUACAUUUAAUAAAAUUUCAGAUCAAAAUACAGUGAUUUUAAAAGCUAUGUUUUUAUUCUAUCAAGUAGUAUGAAGAAAAUGUAGAAGCAAUAAAUAUAUCUAAAUAAAUUUAAUCUAAAAUUUAUAACCAUGUACGUUUCCUAAAAAUUUGCCAGGAAUACACAUUUUAACAUUUUAAUAAAAGAAAAUAACUUAUCAGUGAUUAAUUAUUUUUCACUUUAUUUUUUCUUUUAUAGAUUUAAAAAAAUAUAGAUAAAAAAAUAAUUUUGAGUAAAUCUGACGAUGAGUGUCACUCUGCUUUUAAAAAUCACUAAGCUUGUUUUUAAGUUUUUUUAUUUAAAAUAACGGUUUGUGACAAAGGGGACGCUUACUAGACUAAUGACAUUACAAAUCAACAAAAUCAAGAUUUUACAAAAAGAG